AUGACGCAACAACACGGCAACGGGGGUAUGGUGCACAAUUUGGCAAAUGUGGAGGCAACACCUAGCUUUCUUGGCAGUUCUUUUAGAGACCUCAUGGCCAACCUCACGAUGACCAGCCAUUUCCACAGUCAAAAAGCCAAAUUUUUCAUGGUGAAAAUUCCCCUCCCUGGUUUUGAACUCCGUGCGAGGCUCACCUACCGCAAAAGCUUCAUCGACGUCGAGGAGUCCGGCGACGCCGCCGGCCGCGGCGAUGGACGGCGCGGCAGCGGCAGCCGCGUGCGCAGCGUGCCGGAGCGGCGGAGCUUCACCCUCGGGGGCGACGAACUGGAUGCGCGAGAGAAGGAGAUGGACAUGGAGAGCUAUGUGGACGCCCUGUUGGAUCGCCUCGAGGAUCCAGAAGAGCCCUUUGCCCUGCCUCAAGCACCCGUCCAGCCAGCCAAGGCAUCCUGCGCUGCGCCAUCGCUUGGAAGCCUGGGCAGCCUGGGGCAUCCGGAGGUUUGCGCGCGGCCCUGCAUUCACUUCAUCUCCGGCGGCUGCGAAAAGGGCUAUGCCUGCGGCUUUUGCCACAUCGAUCAUGAGAAGAAGAAUGUGAAGUUGGACAAGAAGCAGCGAUCCAUGGUGAAGGCUCUUGGUUCCCAAGACCUCGCCCAGCUCAUGCUGCCCUUGUGUCAGGAGCGGCUUAAGAAUGCCAAGUUGUCUGCUCAAGGUGCUGAAGUGCUGCAGAUCCUGACGGAGUUUGCAACAACACCCGGUACACCAGCGGAAGGUAUCUCUGAACAUGGCUUGAAGUAUUUGCGUCGCACAAUGGCACGCAUGAACCUUUCGUGCGUGGUGUCCAUUUUUCAACAUCAACAGGGUGAGCGGAGCGGCCGCCUGAUGGUCGCCAUGGACAAGCUGCGGAAUUCUGUGGGCCUAUCCAUGGAAGUAGCGGUGCAGACUUGGGCUGCAGACUUGCUGAGGCGCAUCCCAAGCUGCCGCGCCGGUGCUGAACUGGAAGUUUUUGCGCCCGCUCUUUGGGACGGGCAACGCAAGGCUGCUGAUAAGAUGACUGCUUGGUGGUUUCAAGUGUGCAUUGCGGCAUAUUGCGAGGUCGCAACAUCAGACAUGGAAAGGUCUGUUCCCUCGUCAUCAUUAGGGGCGUGCAGCGAAGGUGGCGCGGCGGAAGGCCUUGGAGCCCCAAUCGUUUCGCACGCGGAGCUUGCAGCGGCUCGGAACCGAAACAUCACUCCAGGCUGGAUCAUUCACGGCUUCGAGGCGUUUGAAUGCCCUAUGAGCUUCCAAGAGUUGGCGCAGGUGCAGAUCGAGGAAGAUGAGGAUAUUCCGAAGUUUGUGGCGAUCAAGCCGGAAUCCUCAGGGCCGAAAUACUCCGCGCUCCUGAUGGCUUUGGCUUCAGCAAGCUCUUUGCCUUCGAAGGUGGCUGAUGCGGCCACCACGAAAGUGGCAGCACCCAAGAAGAAAGCGCACUGGGCGGUGAGCUUCGUGGCGGGCUUUUGCUCCGGCGCCACGGAGGUUUCGGUGACGAUGCCUUUGGACACAGUGAAGACCUUUUGCCAGGUGAACCGCACGGGUAUGGGACCUGUGGCGGGCGCCCAACAGAUCUAUCAGCUGAAGGGCCUGCAGGGUUUCUACUUUGGACUUCCUGCGGUCCUACUUCAGGUAGCUGGGAAAGGAGCCAUUCGCUUCACCGCUUUUGAGCAGUUCAAAUUCCUGAUGCACCUGACCCCAGUGCCCAGAGCUUCCAUCGACUUCCUGGCCGGCAUCGGGGCCGGCUUCGCCGAGGCCUUUUUGUGGACCACGCCCACGGAACGUCUGAAAGUGUUGCGUCAGAACGACAUCAAGUCGGGCUUGAACAGAUAUUCCAGCCUCAUGGGCUCCAUUCGAACUGUGGCCACCGAACAUGGCAUCACAGGGCUCUACGCAGGCAUUGGUGCCACUGGCAUCCGACAAGCCAGCGGCGUUGGGGUGCGCUUCGCCCUCUACGGGCGAGUCAAGUCCGCCCUGACCACGGAUCCACCGCAAAUGUGGCAGUCCGCCGUAGCAGGAGGCAUCACGGGCUGCUGCAGCACCUUGCUGAACAAUCCCAUUGACGUGAUCAAGUCCAGGAUCGAAGCGCAGGACGGGAAGACCAAGGAGUACACAGGUACGAUCCAAGCUUUCCGCGCCAUUCUGAAAGAAGAAGGAUUUUUGGCCUUCUACAAGGGCAUCGCCCCGCGACUCAUGAAGAUCUCCAUCGGUCAAGCGAUCACCUUCACGGCUUAUGAGGCUUACUCCAACACCUUUUCCAACCUCACGGGCCUCUGA